AUGGAGGUCGGCCCCUCCGUGCAGUCGCCGAGAACGCGGUGUUUCUCCGGUGUUGCCGAGCAACUCGACGCCGCCAUGCCUGCACCCGUACAGGACGGCCAAGUGGAUUCGAUGUCCACCUCAGACUUCUCCUGUUCCUCGUCUUUGCUUGUUGAAGGCGCAGGUGCCAACAGGUCCGUUGACUGCCUCCGCGGUCAGCUGGACUCUCGAGGAAAGGCCGAGACACAAAACUUCUCGGAACAGUUAGAGGGCAAUUCUCAGUACCUGACAACUGCAAUUGGACUUAUAGGGAAACAAGCAGACUCUUUCCAUGGCCCUGCUUCACUUGCACAUCCCGCGGACCGUUGUGAACACGCGGAAGGCGGAGUAAAUUUCUCUGCAGAGCGACGUCCACGUGGUUUUAUGGGGCUGGAGAGGGAUCGCAAAGAGGCUGAUGAACGGGAGGGAGAGAGAGCGAGGAAACGCUGGAGGGGCGCCGAACGAACACGACAGCAGGUGCAUGUGGAAAGGAAAAGCUUCGCCGAGCUUCCGCAAGAAGUUCUCGAACUGAUCUUCUCGCGCCUUGGCCUCGCCGACCUCUCCAGAUGCCUCUGCGUUGCAAAGUCCUGGCAUCCCCCGCUGAAUGCUGUCUUCGCCAAAACAAUCGUUUCUCUCGGCACCUCCCGUCGUCUGCUUCUCACCGAUGCACAGCUGGAAGCGCUUUUGAAACGAUGUCCCGCUGUCCAUACAGUCGAGUUGGACUGCUUUCUGCUCACGCCCAGAGGCGCCGCUCUCCUCGGCAACGCCCCGAGUCUGGUGUCUCUUUCGCUGACUUCCGUUGACCACCAGACGGAUGAAUUCUUUUACGCCUUGGCGGACGUGAUCUCUGGAAUUGAGAGUUUCUCCGUCGCCAUCUUUGACAGGAGCAAACACAUCACAAAUGCAGCCUUGGAGCACCUGGCGGGACGGCUGCAGAAACUCCAGGCGUUUUCUGUCGAGAUUUCCUUUCGGGAAAAUCUGGACUUCUUCGUCCUCGCCUUGACUCGAGCGUCUGCUGGAACUCUGCGCCAUGUCACUCUCUACGACGUGAGUGAAGAGUGCCUGGUGCAGCUGACCGCGGCCAUAGGGAAGAAUCUUCUUUCCUUCUCCUACACAAAGACUUCCUCUACGUCUCUGCCCAUCUCGGACUGGCUUCUGCAGUAUCUGCCGCUGCGCAUGCCCCGCCUAACUUCUCUGCGCCUCGUGGACGCAGUGACGCCGGGCGUCCUCGCUCAGGUUUCUUCUCCUUUCUCGUCGCUGUUUGUUUCGGCGCGACGACGGAGAAGAAGGCGCAGAGAGACAGAACUCGACAGAGAACGAGUUAGAGAGAGAGGACGAGAGCGAGAAAGAGACCAAGAAAGAGAAAGAGAACAAGAAAGAGAGCGAGAAAGAGACCAAGAAAGAGAAAGAGAACAAGAAAGAGAGAGAGAAAGAGACCAAGAAAGAGAAAGAGAACAAGAAAGAGAUCAAGAUCACUCAGGCUCGGGGAUAGACAGAGAUGAGCCACGGGUCGCCCGCGAGAGAGGAGACAAUCGAGAGAGAAACGGACGAGAAACUGAGCGUCUUUCCUCUACAUCGGCAGCGCCGCUCUCGUCCGGGGGGGCGCCGCGUCGCCAGCGACAGGACAACUUGCGUGAAGCGUUGGAACAGCGAGGGAGAAGAGGCAACGGCGACCGAAUCCAGGAGGAAGAAGAAGAACCUCCGGAAGAGCCUCGAGGGCAUGCACGCCCUCACGGGAUCUCCAGAAACUCGCAGCGCCUCUGCUUCGAGAAGGUGCCUCCCCUCGUGUCGCCUGCGGGACUCAGCUGUCUGCGUCCACUCGCUGGGCACCUUGAAGUUCUCGCUCUCAGUCGGUCCUUCGGUCUCCCCUUCACACACGCCACCGACGUGGAUUUGCUGCAGUUCUUUGCGGACUUCUCUCCUCGUCUCCGCGAGCUGGAAUUAAACGGCUUCACCAAGAUGUCCGACGGCUUUCUUCAUGAGGUCCUCGUUGCAUGCGCAGAAGCCCGCUUCUCUGCGGCUCCCUCCCACGAUUCUUCCCCUUCGUCUCUCUCUUCUUGUUCCUCCACUUCUUCUCCUUGUCCUUCGCUUUCUUCUGUCUCUCGCGCUUCUCCAUGCUCGCCGGCCUCGGCGGCGCCUCCGCUUCGAGGCCCAGGAGUCGCGUCGGGAUUCAAACUGAAGAAACUCUCCUUGGAAGCUGCAGACAUCAGCGACCUCGGACUGCAUGCAAUCGCCACUGCUCUCGGGAGCACGGCUGAGACGCUGUGUCUGAAGAGAUGCGCGAAUCUCUCAGAAGCUGGCCACUGCGCAGUCGCCGAGUACUGCCGGAAUUUAACCUCGCUGAAUCUCGGCUUCUGCUCGGGCGUCAACGACCUCAGCGUCUGCUCGCUGCUUCAGUCCUGUCCAUCGCUGCGCACACUCGUUCUCAACGACGCGCGGAUUUCGGAUGUCGCUCUGGAGGCGAUCGGCGCGUCCCUGGGCGAGAAUUUGCUUGAACUCGCCUUGCACCGAAGCGACCUGAUAACAGACGACGGCUUGAAAGCCUUGGCGCGAGCCUGCCCGAACCUCGUUCUUCUGUCUCUCUCUUCCUGCACACAAGUCACGGACGCCGGCGUCGUCGAGAUCGCACAGUCCUGUCGAAGACUCCUCAAGCUGCGUCUUGACGGCACGCGUGUGACGGACGUCGCGAUUCGCGCCGUGGGCAGAUGUCUCCACCGUCUCCGCUAUUUGCAUCUUCAACGCUGUUCGCAUGUGACCGGAGAAAGUCUGGCCUUUUUCUCGACUGAGACGCAUCCGUGUCUCAAGUGUAUCGAACUUUCGGAUCCUCGAAGAAAAAUCUCCAAAGAACAAAUUCGAGCCUUCAGGGCGCGGAACCGGCCGGCGACGGCGCUGCAGCUCGGGGACGCCGCUCUGGACGACUGAUAAAGAUGACUCCGACGAGCGUCAGAAGCCGGAAGCAGAGGCGACGCGAGUCUCAGAAGACGAGUGAAGAAGGAACGAACACAGAGGGGAACAGGGAGGGAGCCGAAGAAGAGCGAGAACGGAAAGCAACAGGGAAGGAAGGAACGGCAGAACAGAGAAGCAGAAAAAGGGAGAGAAGAGAGCGAGAAGAACGCAGGAAGCGAGAAGGCGGAACACAGAGGGAGGAAGCCGUAGAGGUAAAAAGGAAAAGUAGCGCAGAAAGAGGUAGAAAGAGGAGCAGAUGGAGAGAUGCAGAGCAAGAGACAUUGCGUAUCUCAUAUCCGGAAAGAGGCGGACAGAGAAGCAGACGGAAAGAGAGAUGCAGAGCAAGAGACAUUGCAUAUCUCAUAUCCAUGGAGAACGAAGACGCUGACUAGCUGAGGGUAAAACGGGUGAGGACCCACAUCAGAAACCGAGACAAGGUUUUCUCGCCGGCUUCGGGUUUUCAUUGCCUCGGAUCCUCAUAGCCCAGUUGCCGAAAAAGCAGGCUGAUAAACGUCUCAGCGAUAUCAUCCAUUCCGUCGGAUGAU